GUGAAUUAUGUUUCAAAAAUUAGUUAUACAAAUAUAAAAUAACUACUUUGAAUUUAAUGAAGUCAAGAAAAAGGUUCAACAUGAAUUGCCUAGUAAGUCUUAUAUUGGUAAUUAAUUGUUACUUGGUCACCGCUAAAGUGACGAGUUCACCUCCGGUGCUUAUCUGGGGCACAGAAACCCCUAAGCCUACGAGUAUUUUUCGGCCUUUUAAAUCCGAUCAAUUUUACCAAAUAAUAAAAAAUUUGCAAAAGGACAACAUGAUAGUGGUUUACCUAGCGUCUGAGCUAGCCGCUAAGGACAUAAACUGCGACGUAUGCUUUCCCUACUUGAGCAAGAUCCAACCCAUGAACUUCUACAGCCAGGUGGAAGAGCCAUUAAUGGCGGUGGAGCGGGUAAGUGGGACGACCAAAGAGAUUAUCUGGCACAACCCCAUAAUCACAGAAAUAAGAAGGCUGGAGCUGGAAAUGGAGCUGCCUUGUGAAAAGGGCCAAAUACACGCCUUCAGAUUUAAGGAUCGAAAUUUGCUUGCUCAUGACGCAGCCAUGGCGGUGGCAACCUAUCAGUUUACUGACUGUCCAGUGGUGCACCUGUACACUGCUUUCACAGAGGAAGACCGGGCCUUUCAGCGUCGUAAGGCCCAAAAGACGCGUCCCGUGCCCAUCCAAAUGGAUCCGUCAAAGAGCAUUGGUCCACCAACGGAUCAAAACGAUACCGCAUCGGGUCACGGGCUGCAGAAAUUCACAUACACCAUUGUUGAUAACAUGACAUUGCUGCGUCACGACAUGCUCAUCCUAUCGUUUCAACACAUUCUGUUGGCCAGGAUGGAGCGACAAGGGCCACAGACUUACUUUAACCGGACUAAAGUUGUGCUGCCCGUUGGCAGGGAGGAAGUGCAGAUGGGCCUGCUCAAUGGCCGCGACAUUUACGGAGGCGUCGUUGUAGUCCUCGACACAAACAUCAGUCCCCUGAUCAUUGAGUUGAUGCCCUCGCAGGGAAACUGGCACUUCACCCGCAUCAUUUUCGGCAGCAACACCACCUACUAUCCGCGCGACCUCGUCUUCUUCGGCUUCGACUUCAGCCUGUGCUGCCCUGACAUCACAACCUUUGCCGCGGACGCCUCUCGGCUGACCAUAUUCGACUUUCGCCUGGACAUCCUUUGGCAAGACGACGACAAUGGCAUGGACAUGGGCUACGAGGUGAAGCCGUGCUGGGGCUGUGCCGUGUUUAUGACUCCGACCCUGACCCAAACCCUGUUCGUGAUGCUGGUCAUAGCCCUGAUACUUUGGAUCGGCCUGGCGAUGAUACUUUCGAUCGGACAGAACAAGUUCCCCCAGAUCGCCGGCGAAACUGACCUGCACAUCAAGACGGACAUCUAGGCGGUCGCGUUUCGGAACUGUGGUGGCGACCCUCGCCCACGCUCUUUGAUGCACAUGCGGCACAGUCUACACAUUCUGCUAAUUCACUUGCUUACAAUUCUAAUCGCGUGGGGUCGCGGAUGGUGUCGGGCAAAGGGGGCUUAGAGAUCGUAAUAAUAAUGUCAUUGUCGCGUUCCUUUA